AAACAAGAUGGCCGCCUCUGGAGGCACGCAAAUGACAUCUGGAAUGAUCAAGUCUUCUCAAAAUAUUCUGCGAUCAGAUGUUCACUAGAAGACACCCAAGGAGCCACCAUGAGUUCGGACUCUCAAACGCUUCAAGCCAAGUAUCAGAAACUAGCUGCAGAAUUUGCAAAGGUACUUAACCGUGAAUCGCGUCAAAACAUCACAGCCAUAUCUGUCAAGUUAACCUUGCUAGAAUGACUUAGGUUCAUUAAAGAUCUUUUUCCUCGAUCGUUUCACGUAAUCUAUUUACAAAACAUUUUUGAAUCAAAUAUCACAAUUUCUUGAAAUACUUAGGGGUCACUUGAUAAAAUUACCUUUAGCGAUUUUCAGCUGAUCAUAAAGAGAGAGAUAUAUAUAAUGAAUCCACAGUUUUUAUUUUGUUUAAUCAUUUAGCAAAGAGCGCAGAACACGGUUUUAAAGAAGGCAGUUAUCGAGGAACAAGAGAAAACCAAGACCCUUCAGGUAAGGAGAUUUAAUUAUUUUAGUUAUUUCCUUCUACAUCCUUUCUCGGCAUGGCGUCUUUUCUGUAGUAACUCAUUAACAGUAUUCGUUUGCAUGUUCUUUGAAAAUUUUAUCUAAAAAAUUAUUACCUACUCUAGGAAACAUUGCGGCAGAAGGACCAGUCUAUUAGAAAAUAUGAACAGGAGAUUGACAGCCUACAGUUCAGAAAUGAUCAGGUGGGACAGGAAUCACUGAAUUAAAUUGGCAACUUUUAUGAUCAAAUUUUAGGAGGUUGAGGUCUCAUGAAAUGAGUUUUGACCAUGGCAUCUCAGGAUUACAUGUACUUUGGUUGCUGAGUUAAAACUGCGCUAUGUUUAAAAGCUAAUGACAGUCAAACCUCUCCUCAAUGGCCACUUUUGGAACAGUGGGGAGACAAGUUCAGAGAACUGGAAUUUAUAAAGAUAGGAUUUUGAUUAUGACACCUCCUUUUUUUCCCAUUGAUUUUAUAAGUUGUCAAAGAGAGUGGCAGUGUUGCAAGAGGAGCUUGAUGAUUAUGAUGGAAAGAACAGAAGAGGAAAGGUUGCUAUUGUUCAUAUACUAUUUAGAGUUAAGGGAGACAGUGAUCUAGUGGUUAGUGCCAAGGCCCUUAUUGUUCAAAGCUUGUAUAACACUAUCAACAGGGUAAAUCUUUAUGCAGUGGAUAGUGCAGGAUGCUUUGCAAUUAGUUAUCUGCUGGAAUAGAAGUCUGGGUUUGAGACCUGGCUAGGUCAAUGUGUUGUGUUCUUGGGCAAAACACUUCACUCUCACAGUGUCCCUCUUCAUUAAGGAGAUUAGAUGGGUACCAGAAAAUUGUCAUGGACACCUGAUGAUAUGCUGGGAAGAAGCUUGUGAAGUACUGGCAUCCCAUCCAGGGGGGUGUAGUGCUACUCUUUGUCGCCUUAUGCUAUGUAAAGAAGGAUAAACUCAGCUGGGAGGGUACUUAGCUUGAGCACAGGCUUUGACUUUUUAAGGAUUACUUCCUCUUUCCGAGGACUGAUAUCAUUUAUCAAUUCUCAUUAAAAUUCUUCUGUGAUUCCAUGCAGAUUAGUGAUGAGAAUACAGAAAAUUAUCAGUUGGAUGAAAUUGAUUUGAUAUAACAACAGAUUCUCAGAACUGCUCAAACAAAAGACACAUAAUUGAAAAUGAAAACUUGUAGUGAUGCAGAAUUAUUUUUAUUCAUUGUCAGAGGUAUAACGUAUAGAGGUAUAAAGCAGUCUUUCCUGAUGAGUUUAAAUUUGCGUCUUUGUUCACUGUUUAUUUAUUUUUGUUUAUUUACCCAAUUUCUUUUAUGCAUUUUAGUCAAGGAUUGAUGGUGUGACAAAGGGAGAGGACAAUUUUGUAAAAGAUCAGGAACUUCAGAUAAAAAUUCAAGAAAAUGAGAGACUGCAGCGAGAGGUUAUUAUGAUAUCACAAUUAUUCAUUCACUGGGAUAGAGGUUUGUCAAAUAAAUUUAAUCCUGUUUAAUCAUGGUAUUUUGCAGUUGUAUGAAACUACACAGGAACACAAAGGAACGAUACUGACCCUUCAGGAAAAGUUGGAAUCAAUUGAAAGGUUAGAAGAUGCAAACGAUCAGAAUGUUCUUCUAAUCACUGAAGAGGGCUUAUUUAGCACAAGAGCUGCUGAAGGUAGUGGGUGCCAGCAUAGGCUUGCUAGAGAGGGGGGCUUAUUAGAGAGAGGGGGAUUUUUCAGGCAGGGACACCAUCUUAGCAAAAGGAUUCAUUUGAGGGAGGGGUUUAUUAGAGAGAGAGGACUUACAAGGGAGGGGGAUCAAUCAGACAGGGGGACCAUCUUAGUAAAGGGCCUUAUUUGAGGGUGAGGCUUAUUAGAUAGAGGUUUUUUUUUUGAGAGAAGGGGACCUAUCAGGCAGGGGAACCAUCUUAGUGACAGGACUUAUUUGAAGGAAGGGCUUAUUAGAGAAGGGGAUAUUAGAGAAGGGGAACUUGGUAGAUAGAGGUUUUUUUUUUUUUUAGAGAGAGAGAGAAAGAGAGAGGACUUAUAGAUAGGGGACCCAUGGUAGAUAGAGGGGACUUUUUUUUUUUUUAAAUAGAGAGAGAGAGGGAAAAGAGAGAGAGAUGGGGGAGGCUUAUAGAUGGGGACAGACCCAUCUUAACAAAUGGUGCUUUUUGGAACCAUCUUAUCAGAGAGGAGACUAACUAGGGUGGGGAUGGGCUUAUUGGAGAGGAGGGCUAUUAGAGAUGAGGGUGGUGCUUGAUAGAGAAGGAGGCUGUUUAUUUGAAAGAGAGGCUCAACAGAGAAGAGGGCAUAUUACAGAGGGGUCCCUGUUCAAAAAGGGGGGGUCAUAAUAGACAGGGAGGUUAUUAGAGAAGGGGACUUAUUAGAAAGAAGUAGAGUGGUUCUAAUAAUCAUGAUGAUAAUAAUGAAAUAAACUUUAUUCAUUGGGACACAUUUCCUGAUACUUAUAAACUGGUAAAUUGAAAUUGGUCAUUUGUUUUCAGAAAUUCCACUGAUCACCAAAAGAUUUUAGAUGAGGCUAAUGCAAAGCACAAAAUGGUUGUUGAUAAACUCAAUGAGGAGAGAGCUUUACUGGAGGUUUGUGCAGCCAUUUGUACAUGGAUCUUCACAACUUAUACCUAAAAUAAUUGUUCAAAUUUCUGUAUAACUGGUGUCUUGAUUCUGAGCCCCUAACCCUCUAAUUCUUAGAGGUUCAAAACACGUGACGCUUAAAUUCCAGAUCACUGUCUGUAUUUGAGCAAGUGGGCACCUGCCCCUCCCCUAACCCAAUAACAGUCAACUGAUAACAACUUAGGGUUAAUGUUGGGUUAGGGGAGGGGAGGGGUAGGUGAGAGGUUGCCCAGAUGCAGGCAUUGAUCCAAAUUUUCCUAACUGAUCAAUGAGAAAAGAUAAAAGAGGUGAAAAGGCAAAUUAUUGAUCAAGUAUGAGAACUGAAAUCACUUUUGUAUUCUGUGAUGAAGAUUUACUCAUUAAUGUUUAAAUCUUGUUUCAUCAGGCAAAACUCCAUAAGACAGAAGAGGAACUAAAAGUAGCAAGUUUAAAAGCAGAAAAGGGGUAAGAUUUUAAUAAUAAUAGAUGUAUAAUGUCUUAUGGACCUUGGUCAGACAUGAUAAAAACCAAGGGUGACAGAACUUCCUGACAACUGCACUUUUUCUGGGCUUUAAUAACCCUUUAACUCCCAGAGGUGAUUAACAUGUAACUUCUCCCUAUGACAUCAGUACAUUAUCCAGCAAACAGGUAACGAGAAUACUCAAACUUAUCAGGUAUAAGUUGUUAUCUUAGUCUAACACCAAAUUCUCAUAACUUAUAUAUAAAGAAAUGUGUAGCAGCUUAGAUGGGAGAAUAAACAAUCAGAUCUUGGGAGUUAAAAAGAUAAACACUGCCUAAAGGCUUACAAUUACUCAAGGAAGAAAAGUAGGAUGGCAUUCAUGUGCUGAAAAUAUCACUGCUAUGAGUGACAAUUUUCUUUUCCUAUCUGACAGUCACCAGCAACUUAAGCUGUUACACAAAGAGAUGACAUCCAGAUAUGGUGAGAGAGAAGUUUAGGCACAUCUGCAAUUAUUUUUUAUGUCAGAUAGAUCUAUGAAUCAUCAAUUGGAAUUACUGGUAGGAAUUAAGUUGGAGAAAAACAAUCUUGUGGCCAUGAAACACAGAUUCUUAUCCUGAGAGGAAAUUACUGGUCAGAUCAAUUGUCAGAAAACUUGGAGGAAAUUGUUUGUGAUCAGCCAUUUUUUACCUGUGAUACAUAACUGAUUUUAAAUUUGUUCCUCUUGAUGCAGUUGAAAAGUCCCUUGCAAUGGAAAAAUGUUCUUGACCUCACUUGAUUCCAAUUGUUUUUGUUAAAAAUGCACCUUUCAAGUUUUAUGCCUUAAUCGCAAAAAUUAUUUCCAUGUAAUUUUAAGUGUUAAAUCUAAAAAUACAAAAUUUACGGGUGCAUGUUUCUUUAUCAUAUUAAGUAGACUUAUUAUAAAUAAUUAUUUUAAACACUCUCCUUUCAGAUGAUGUUUCUAAAGUUGUCACAGAAAAACUUCCAUUCAAUGAUACAAGUGAGUACAUCAUGGCAGCUGGGUAUCUCCAAGCCUUUAAACAGGAGUAAGGCCAAGGGUGACCUUGUUGUGAUACAAACCUUGCUGCUUUUCAAAUAUAAAUUGCCUUGUUAUCAUGCUAACUAGAUACUAGUGUCUAUCACAACAAGGUCACCUUCAGCCUCACUCGAAAUUGAAGGCUUGGCAACGAAGUACACAACUGUAAAAUGGUCCAUUGUCGAUGUGAGAGUCAUUGACCCUUACUUAUUUCCCUUCAUUACUUUUCGUUAAAUUGCAGGCAUCAGAGAGCUGAACAAACUUAAUGUACCAACACAUGAUCGUAGACACCAGGUAAAAAAUAAUGCCUUAACCCUUCACCUAACAUCAGUAUUCACAUUCUUCUUGCUGUUUUCUUAACAUUUCUUAAGAUUCUAACAAGGAGAAUUUGCUUAACAAUCAAGAGCCUUUGGUUGUUGAAACACUUAUGUGAGAAUCUCAAGAUAGAUAGAUAGAUAGAUAGCUUUAUUCAAAAUGGACAAAACACUUAGCCCAAGACUAGUUUACAGGUUUGGGACAUAACAAAAAGAUCAGAAAAUAAUACAAUAAUAAUGGUGCUUAUUUGUAUAAUUUCAACUAUAACUUUCCAACCACCCUACCCCAGCCCACCCCACCCCCCCAGAAAACAUGUAGUGGUCCUUCACUAAAAUUAUCUAAUUUGUAACAAAGGAAUGCUAAUUUUUUUAUAAUUUACUGGAUUCCCGCAGGUGAAAGCAAAGGAAUUAAUUUGUCAAGCAGUUGAACUCAUUCGUGAGCUUGUAUCAGGAAUGUCAAACUUUCUUACCUACACUGAACAGGUAUUGAAAUUUUUCCUUUUUCAGUUGUUGAGUGUCAUGUAUUGUCUUUGAAACAACUUAACUUGUAUUUAAAAAGCAUUUCAGUAUUGCAGUGUUUUUGUCAGUUUUGUGUUUUCUUUUUUUCUUAUUUGCCUUGAAUAGUAUGUAACACUGGAUUUUAAAAUAGUUUAAACCUUAAACUUCUCCACUUUACAGCGACUCAAGACCUUCUUUGUAGAAUCAGCUCAGCUGCAGAUCAGUCCUGUCACACAGAAGGUGAUGCACUGACUUACACUAUCAUAACAAUAGUGCUACUAAAUUUUUUGUUAAUUUGCUGGGUUUUGCUUGAGCACUGAGUGACAUACUCUUGUUGUAUAGAUAAAUUGCUAUGAAAAUGAUGUAAAAACUGCGCUCCAGGUCAGGACCAUUUUGAUUAUGGUGAUUGGUAGAACAAAAUUUUGGUAACUAGAUUUAUGGUAACAACCAAAAUUAAUUUUUUAAUCUGUAUUUUAUUGGUCAUAAAGCAAUUUGUUACUUGGAGUUUAUGGUGUAAAAUGAGUUAAAAAUUUUCUUAAAAUAAGUUAUUGGAAAUUUAGCACAAAAUGACCUUUUCUCUUUUUUUUUUUUAUUCAGAUUAUUUAUUUUUACUCAAAAGGGAUAUUUAAGGGAAUCUAAUUUGGUCAAAAAGGUGUGGGUUUAUCUGAUUGAUGUGGUACAUAAUUUAUAAUUCUAAAUUUAUUUUGUGUUUUUGUAGUUCUGUGAGUACCUUCAUGGAAAUGCAACAGUACUGAGAGCUGUGGAUCAAACAUUUGUGUCAUUCUACAACAGCAUCAAAACAGACUCUUUGAUUUCUUUGGUAAGAGUGACAAUGUUCCUACAGGUCAAAACAGAUUAUUGAAAAGAAAUAUUAACAUAAGUGCAUGUCGCUCAUAGCUCUGGCCUCAUAUGAUGGACAUUGUGGGAAAUGACGGACUGGUAAUAGUUUACUGGGUGACUGAAAUAAACAAAAGGAAACAAACUUAUGGAUUCGCAAUAAAACUUCAUGUGCACCAUGAAGGCGUCUGUGCACUUUUUCUUCCUUAGUUCGGAUCAUUGCAUAUUGAUUGAGAAGAAACAUCUUACUCAUUACUUUUAAUAGUGUGUAAUGAUGUAGAUUAUUUUUGCCAUGUCAGUAGAUCCAGUGGUAGCUCUUGGGGGAGGGUCUGGGGGAACUUUAUCUACUUCAUUAGAUUUAUGGGUAUUUUUGGUCCCCCCCCCCCCACCCUCAUGGAAAAUUUCUGGAUCUGCACCUAACUUGUGUGUGGUGGUAUAUAGUUUGAAAGAGUAUUUUAUUUAAAUAACUAAUCAAUUUUACUGUUUUUGUCCCUCUAGGAAACCAUUCCUGGUUUUUAUGAUUUUUCUGAAGCAUUUCAUAAAUACAGCAACUAUUUAAAGAAGCUUCUUCCUUACUUUGUGUUGAGGUAAGGAGUUUUGAUUUUAUUGUCAUAGUGAUCAUUGAUAUCAUUAUCCUGCCCAUUCAUAUUAUCUGUGUGAAAAUGGUGGCUAAGUAGUUAGAAUGCUCACAUGAGAUUUGGAGUCCUGAAAAAAAUCGAUCUGAGUCCUGGAAAAUUCUUGGAAAAAGUCUUUGAAAUUUGUUUCUGAAAAAGGGUAUGGAUCCUCGCGUUCAUGGGCAAGGCAAGAAACUCUGAUUGCUAUGUGAGCUAAUGCUGUAUGUAUAGUGAUUUCCCAAGUUUAUGACCACUGAAAAAGUAACUUUGUUCCAAAAGGUGUAUUUUUUAUUUCUUAUUUCAAGCACCAGUGAAGAAUGUAAAGCUUCAACUUGUUCCACUACACUAGAAGCCCACAACAAAGCUGUGCUGCACUCUCUAAGAAAGCUUAUCACUGUGUUUAACAAGAUUGACACUUACAUUGGUGUCUUGGCCUCAGCAAGUACGUCGAUAGUAAAGCGUUUUACCAUAGAGUGUUAUGAAAUCAAAACUGAUUAAAAAUAUAUCACUAUUGCUCUUUAGAUCAAAUAAAAACAAGAGGUAGGCGAGCAUAGUGAACGAGAAGGGGGGGGGGGUGUGUGGCUUGUUGCACACUAAUCUCAUUGCAUGUUAUCUCGCCAAGCGCCAUCUGAAUAUUUUUUCAUAUUUCCCCCUUCCCGUCUAUGUGGCGGGAAGGGGGGGGGGGAAGGAUUGUGCUUCAUCAAAUGGUCGUUAAGGAAGGUAGAACCCCCGCUUUCCACCUCCUCCCUGCUCCAACUGAUGGAAAAUAUCACAAGGAACCAAUGAGAACUAUUAGAAAACAUAAUUAUGUAACUGGCUGUAAGCGCGGGAAAAAGCGAGUGACCAAAAAGAGAUAGGUCUUAGAUUUGCAUCUGAUUGGUUGAGAGGGAGGCGCGAGUUUUGUAGACCAAUCACAGAGCGAAACGUAGCAAAAUCAAUGAAAUCCUGGAUUACGUUUGACUUUUGGUUGAACAUUACGGUGAUAGUACCUUACCAUGAGACUCUUCACACGUAAAUCGUUUCUUUUUCUUUAACCGUAGGUUCCGGAUCUGAAAGAAUUCUACCAGCCAAUUAUAAUGUUUCCUUUAUGCAUCUUAACUCUGCCCUGCAGCAACUUUAUGAAUGUGUUAAAGGUAUGUUCUCGCCCUAGUGAACUGUUCUUGACUUAUAACCUGUGUGAUUAAGUUACAUAUGGAGCACUUUUCAACCAAUCAGAGAGAAUGAAAAUAUUACAGGCAACCAGUUACAAAUCGAAAUAUAGACAGGCUGCCUGUGUGUGACCAAGGGUCAAUGGAAUUUGAUUUUGAAUCUGAUUGGUUGAGAAAGUGGUGCGAGUUUUCCAGACCAAAUAUGACGAAGCAAAACCAAAGCAAUAUGGGAUUACUUUAGACACUGAAUUAAAAAUUGCUCUAACACCGCGAGACACUAAUUUUUUUUUUUGCAGUAUUAUCAACACACUUCCAGUCUAAGGUUUCUCUUGAACAUCAGCUGCCAACAGCAACACAGGUUAGAAAAAAGAGAACAAACAAAGAAAAAUAAAAACAGCGUCUUUUAUCUGUGCACGAAUUUGUGAAACUGUAGUAGUGCCUGAUUAAUCUGCGUUUUUUAUAUUGUAGACCCUGAAAAGCACAGACGAAUGCAUCGUUUCUUCUUUAGUGUCUCUGCUAACUGCUAGUGCCAAGGUACCACUUGAUUUGUUUUAAUACCUUUGGUAGUCGAAAGACGUCAGUGAUUCGGUUUCGUCUCAUUAUUUUUUGCCAUAAGAUUUUCUUUGCUCUAUAGACACCCUGGUCUUGUGGUCAGCAGUUGUAUCCUCGACCCUUUGACCCCAAAGAGUGACCAGCAUCUGAUUUCUCAUUACAGUAUCACCACUGAAUCACUCAUUAACGUUAUGAGAAUAAAAGGAAAUGAUCACCAGCUUAAGAAGCUCUUGAUUGUUAAACAAAUUCUCCUUGUCAGCACCUUAGGAAAUGUAUAGAGAACAGUAUGGAGAAUAUGUAUACUGAUGUUAGGAUGUAAAGAGGUUAAAUUUCACUCCCAUUACUCACCCAGUAUUCCUUUAAAUCAAACUUCAGAUAGGAAAGUUUAUGAGUGGAAACUUGGAUUUCUUCUCAACGAAGUCUGGCAUCAAAACAAGAGGAAUGACUUCUGCAGCUGAUAGCGAGGUGAGUGUUGUAACAUCAGCUCUUCUCUGUCUUUUAGCUUCCUUAGAUUUCGAAGUGAAGAUCAAGAUGGAAUAAAGCUGACGAAUAUGUUUUUUUCUCUUGACCUAUUUUUUGGAUUAUGUAUUAAUCUUGUCGGGGAAGGGGGAUUUACAUGUUGUUUACUUCUGGAAGGGAAAUAGUAAGAGCAGUUAGAAGCCUGUUGUCUGUUUCGUACGGAUCAAGAAAAUUUCAGUGAUGGACUCGGAGCCUUUCUCUCUCUCUAUCUAUUUUGUUUUAGCUUACUUCAUCGCCAGCUGUUUUGGAAUUCAGACAUCACGCUGCCGACUACAUACAAAAGCUAAUGCGGGUAAGUUGGUUAUAAACAUCCUUGCUUGCAGAGCAGGCGUAAUUUUUUUAGUUUUUCAGACGAACGGUGGCGAGUGCUCUGUGAGGGUCACGAGCUCCUCCGCUCGCGUGUGACUUGCGGGAAGGAGACCUUGAUUAACAAAAACCAAAAAAAAUGAUGUUUAUUGUGUUUCUUCCAGCCAUCCCCGGAGUCAGUUCCUUACAGAGUAGCGCUUAAAAAUCACAAGAUCCUGUUAAGUUCGACAGAAAGCAAAGAUUCCUUAGAACAGCAGGUAAGCCAUUUUUACUCGUGAGAAUCUGUUUUUGGGUAAAAGCUUUUCGUUCACUGAUCAUCAUCUUGGUUCUCUCAACUAAAUGACUUAGAUUUCGUAAUAAAAGAAACGGAGAAAAUACCAUUUGGUCUUCUCGUAAAAAGCUUAAGUUUCCGUUGUUAGGUUACAAGGUAUUAGUCAGGAACUUGUUAUAUUUGCAUGAUUUUGAUGCUUUUUUCUUUAACUGGGGACACGCACGGCCUCAUCGUCAACAAACUCGAGAGCUCCGUUUUCGAGCCUUGGCCUGGUCAUUUUGUUGUGUUAGAGCGCUUUUCGAUUGAGUGUCAUAAGAACAAAACCAAAGUAAUCACGACGGCCAAUCCGAUGAAAGGAAAAUACCUGUAAGGGCCAAUGAAAACUUAAAAACCGACCAAACAUCCUAUAGCGCGGGAAAACGCGGGCGAGCAAGUCGUGUUUGGUUUUAGUUUUGCAUCUGAUUGGUUGAGAGAGUGGCGUGAGUUUUCUGGACCAAUCACAGAGUGAGGUGAAGCAAAAUCAGAGCAAUCCCGGAAAACUUUUGACACGAUUAAGGGAGAGUUGACGAAUCGGUGAAACAACAUCCCAUCCAGCAGAAGUGAAAAUACUCCUGAUCGAUUUAUUUUCUAGAAACUGGGAUAAGCUCCGGCACAAAUGGGUAUAUGCGCAUGUCAGAUAUAACUUAUUUUUCUCUCGCAUAGAUUUCAAUGACUCACGAAAAGCUUUCCAAGCUUGAACAAGCCAAGGAACAUUGGAUGUUAGAAUCUCAACUUUUGCAAGUAAAAUAUGAAAAAGAAGUCAAGGUUUGUCCCGCCUCUGUAUCUACAUAAAUUAAGUUAAUAGUUGAAAUUCUCAAGGAAUUGUAUGGGCUUUAAAAUUAAUAGGAUAUUUUUGGUAUUUUUCCGCUAAACAGUUCUAUUGCAAACUAGGAAUUUUAUUUUAUUUUUUCUUUCCGUAUAUUAAUUUAUUUUCGCAACCUUUCAUUAGAAAGUACGAGAUCUGGAGGAAGAGAUAAGCAAACUUCAGACUGCCAAAGGAGUACUACCAACAGUAGACGGCCUGUCGGUAAGUGAAAUUCUCUUUCUAAUUGAGUUUCAAGUUGCUUUCAUAUUGGUUUUGUGUAACUUUAUCAGUUUACGUUUUCACUUAUGUUCUGUUCCAGUCUAUCUCGGACGAAACUGGAUCCAUUUCAUCACAUUCAUCAUUGACGUCACAUAGUUACGAGGUCCAGGCCCCGCCGUCUGAUGUAGGAAUUUAUCUUCUGCCUUUAAUUUGCUCCAUUUUAUUCUUUUGAUUUUUGAGGACCUUCUGUUUUUCUUGUGGGCGCGUUGGCCAGCUAAGGCAGUGCGCUCUCUAUUUCUAUAGAUUUAACAUCUGGGAGGAUACUAACUGCGUUUAAAGAAAUAAAAAUGCACCAGAGCUGUAAACUCCUAGAUGCUAAGCAGAAAAAAUAAAGAACGUGCACCCCUAGCCAAGGCAGUGGUGCAACCCUUGAAGUCUUUGGGAAUCCAAAUUUUAAGCCGUUCAUUACAGUUGUAGGAAUGUCGCUAUACACAGGGUUUGAUUCGCUAGGGAGCAUUGAUCGAACUGCAAGGUUGACCGUAGAAUGUCCCAACGGUAUAACAGUCGCAGUUUACAAUCCCAUAACUCUUUGUGCUCCUUCUACUCUCUCCCAUGCCUCUCCAGUCAGAAAAUAGGUAAUAUAUGCUAAUCUAGAAUGAUCUUAAAUGACAUUGCUAACUGUGGUGCUGUUUUACAUUUCAUUUGUGUGAAUAUAGCUUGGAGGAGUGGCGCUACUCAGCCAAGCUGAGGUAAGAACCAAAUUUUGUCGAAAUGAAACGAAUUUCCGUGAUUGAAUAUUCUUGUAAACGGUGCUGAAGGAAUUGACGCCUUCUUUUCUCGUUGCUAAAUUCAAGUUUCCUGUGACUUUUUCUUGUUUUGCUUCGGACGUUAGCCUGAGGAUUUAUUUUUACAGAAAUAAAGUUACUUGUCACUAUACACAUUUUAACCCUUUACACCUUAACAUCAGUAAGCAUAUUCUCCAUACUGUUCUCUAUACAUUUCCUAAGGUGCUGACAAGGAGAAUUUGUUUAACAAUCAUGAGCUCUUUUACUUGAUGAUCAUUUCCUUUAUUCCUGUGACCUGAAUAUGUGAAUUAGAAGUGAUCUUGUAAGGAGAAACUAAGUGCUUAUCACUCUUAGGGUUUAAAGGGUUUAGAUGAAAUGACGAUAUACUUCUCUGGUUGGUCGUGGCUAGAAGGAAAAGGCCGCUAAUACGCAUGCGCUGGUCACGGUGAAUACCGCGGACAACCUCAAUGUCUUGCGCUGUUUCUGGGAUAUUUUACCCAAGAUUUUUAAGAAACUUUUAAGUGACCUGCUUUUUUCAAUGCAAUUUCAGGGAGCAGAGGAAGUAACAAGGGAAACACUGAUCAAAAAUCAUUUUACACAGAGAGUAGCUCAGCUUACUUCACAGGUAAAUUACUAAAAUAACAAAUUGUUAGUUAUUUUGGCGCAGAAUACUCUGCAGUUAUAAGUUGGGAGGGGGAGGGGGAGGGUAGAGAACUCAGUGGCCUAGCGGUGAGCACGCCGAAUCCCGAGUCAAGGGGUCUGGGUUCGAAACCUGGCAGGGUCACUGUGUUGUGUUCUUGCGCAAAACACAUUACUCCCACAAUGCCUCUCUCCAGCUAGGAGUAUAAAUAGGCACCAACAGGCUGUCUGGGAAACCCGGGAAAAUGCUGGGGGCUGAAGGGUUGGAGGUAACCCUGCAAUAGACUGGCUCAUCGUCCAGGGUGAGAAGCAGUACUCCUGAUCGCUUCAUGUUCCAGAAGCUGGGAAAAUAUUCUUCCCCUGGAUUUUAAAGAAAUAUGGAUUGUUUGUAUUUUUCUUAGGUACAAUUUGCUGAGAGCAAGACUGUAUCCAUAAGUACAGAGGUAAACAGCUUCUCAAGUCUUCUGGUUUUAUUUUUUGCUCCGACGAAGGGCUAUCGCUCGAAAAGUCAGCUUUGUAACUCUUAACGGUGGCCAUCUAUAAUACAAAAUUACCCUUGUUAUACACUUCCACCGACGCAGCACCACAGUUUCUUUAGAAACUUACUCCCUUAAAUCAGAUUUCGAUUGUCUUAGGCACGGGAAAUCGGCUGCAAUCAAGUUGUAGCUGGCUUUAGUUUUCAUGUGAUUGGUCGAGAGGGUGGUGAGUUUUCUUGCCCAAUCACGAGAGAAGUAAAACUAACCAACGCAAUUCACUGUGGUUUCCUUGUUACACUAGGAAUGAAAGGAAUGAUCUACAUUGGCCAGGAUUUUUUUAAUUCAGUUUAUAACUUAGCGCUAUACUUAUUUAGUUACUCUUUUGUUUCAUUUGCGUUGUCAUUCAUUUCUUUUUUAAUCAGUGCCGCGCUCUGUACCGACGCAUGAAACAGGCUGAAAAGACAAAACAAGAACUCGCGAAAAAUCUCAAGACUGCAACCUCCAAAGUCAGCCAACUAGAGGUGAGUUAAAACUGGCAGUAAACGCCUCUGAGACUGUUCAUGUAUCGGUGUAUCGUGAAUUAGUUGUUUGUAUGUUUUACCGCCACUAUGCGCGUUUGUAUUCACUAUUUUCCCGCCACUAAACUCGUUUACGUUCGCUACUUUCCCGCCACUAAGCGCAUCUGUUCACUUUCUGCUUCUAAACAUCUUUAUGCUUAUUGUGUUCUCGUACUAAACGCGCCUUUGUCAACUGUUUUCCCGCCUUUAAACGCAUGUGUGUUCACUGUUUUCCCACCAGUAAGCGCGUAUUUUCACCUUUUCCUGCAACUUAAUGUCCGUAUGCUCACGGUUUUCUCGCAUUAAACGCGCCUUUGUUGAUUGUUUUGUUGUUACAUUCACUGUUUUCCCGCCUCGAAACGCGUGUAAGUUCACUGUUUUCUCACCAGUAAGCGCACCUUUGAUGACUGUCUUCCCGCCUCUAAACGCUUGCGUACUUGCUGCUUUCCCUCUUCUUGACGCGUUCGUGUUCACCGUUUUUCGCCAUUUGAACGAGUGUGCUUACAUGUCUCCCGCGUAUUUUUUAGGACGAGGUGGAGACAAUCAAGCGAAGCUACGAGACACAGUUAUCAAUGAUGAGCGAUCAUUUGUGCGGAAUGAAUGAGAAGCUCACCUCACAGCAAGACGAAAUAGAGUCCCUUAAGGGUAGUAAGGCGAAAAAGGGAAAACAGCGGUGACGAAGAGAGAUUAUAUUUUCAAAUAGAGACAAUAAUAUUGUGAAGAGGAAAAGAUUGCGGAAGGUUUUAUUGAUUUAUGAAAGACAGAUUUUAAAAAUGGCCAUCAAAAUUUAUCAGGAGAGUUAUUAGAUCCGUGAUGCCGUAUAAGCAUUCCUAAUAGUAAUAAUUUGAGCUCUUAUAAAUUUUUUUUUUAUAAGUGCUUAAAACAGUAGGAUUUGUAACUAUUUUCUCGCAGUUUUUCCAUCUAGUGUCUGUGAUGUUUUUCCUAACUUUCUGUUAUCUUUCUUUUAAGAGAAUAUUUCUCCACGGACAAGCUCUCUCUCGAGUCGAGUAAAUUCUUUGCAAAAAAUUCUCAUUUCCCCGAAUAAACGAACGUCUUACUCAAAACAACAGUUACCCCCUGAGCGUUACACAACAGUGUUUGAGCUUUGUUUUGCUUUUCCUUUUUGAGCUAUGUACCAAAAUCACUUUCAUCUAUGGAAUAUUAUGUACUUGUUGACUGAGUAGGAGGGCUGGACGGGUCAAAAUAAUUGGCUGGAGGUUAUGACUUCGCUCUAUCCAUGAAUCAUGGCCGAGAGCCAAAUAUUGCCUUUCGGCCCGAUCAAACUCAGUCAGUCAGCAUUGAAAAUUUUAGGAGAAGUUGCUUGUUGAUCAUCUGUGAAGGUUAGGGCUGUAAAUCAGUUACACCAAUAACGAAACUUCGGGUCAGUUGAUGAUAGCUUUAACAAGAUCGUGUCAACAAUCCUGUAACUUUGAACAGCUUUGUAAGAAAUUUUUGUAUUAGAAUUCUACGGAUACUCAGUAAAACUUGAUAAUUUUUUUUAAUUUAAUGGUCGAUGUAACUUGAUAGUGUAUGUCAAUGCAACCACUCUUGUUUGAGAGUUCAUAUCGUAACAACCCUCCCCUCCCCUUCCCACUUUUAUUUAGAACUGUACCUCGCAAACACCAGAGUGCAUGACCAAAGCCUACGAAAAAAGCUGGUUUGGGAAUGAUAAAGGUGAAGUGCAUGGACUGAAAGAAAAACGCUGCUAAAACCUCGGCUUAUAGGAGAUUUACCAGGC